GCACCACUCUGAGCACACAGUCCCUUUGGCUGAGGUCAUAGUCACUCUUGCCACAUGCCUUUGUUGCAGAAUGGAAGAGGCUCUUGUGAGCCAAGUGUACUCAGUCUUCUGCAAAUGUUCCCUGUGUGCUUUCCGUGUGCUGGUAUUGUGUUACCAGGUGCCAGAACAGAGUGGCCCUGGCCUUGCCGCCAGAGACCGAUUGGCUGAGGAGGAAGAGGAAAGAAAGUUCCUAGCAAAAUCUGAUCCAGUAGAGUGAAGAGGCUUUCCCAAGUCUAUGUUGUAGACAAGCAGCACCACCAAUCAGAGCUGCUUCUACACCUAUUUACCAAGACACCCUCCACCAAAGAUGUGCAAACCCAGGUGGGUUACCAUGAAGAGAUGUACUGCCUGACUGGCAGCUCCUGAGCCUAUGGGGAUACUUCAGUCAUCACACCAGCAAAGGCCAGAGCAGAGAAGCCAGCAUUCAGAUGGCCCUGUGGGGAUGCUUCUACUGUGAACCCAGCAAACGCCAGAGCUGGGAUAGGAUGGAACCCAGGGACACUCUGCCACUGAGCUCUAUUCCCAAUCCAACUGCUUGCCUCUUUUACAGGGUCUGUCACCUUCAUAUGUCAUGGCCUUUUGCUCACAUUACUAUCAUCCACAGUACUGGGGCCCACACUGAACCACAGGAAGCGCUGCUGUUGAGCAGAACUCUCCACUGCCUGUGUGACCUUGGCCACAAUGACCUGCCCUUGAUCCUGAGGCAGUUUUACCAGGAUUCACUACAGAAUGUCAACCUGCACAAUUUCAGCCAUGGCCAGACCAGCCUGGACGAGCUUAGAGAUGGCCUCGUGGGUGCUCAGUUCUGGUCAGCCUACAUCCCAUGCCAGACCCAGAACCGGGACGCUGUGCACCUCACCCUGGAGCAGGUCGACCUCAUCCACCAUGUGUGUGCCUCCUACUCUGAGCUGGAGCUGGUGACCUCAGUUGAAGGUAAGAGGAUUGAUGAGGCCCUUGUGGCUAAGACAAGUCCGUGGCCAUUAUGCAGGGCAGAGAGCUCAUCUAAGGACACGCACCUCUUCUACAACAAUGUCAGCGGGCUGACCAGCUUUGGGAAGAAGGUGGUGAUGGAGAUGAAUCGCCUGGGCAUGAUGGUAGACUUGUCCCAUGUCUCUGAUGCUGUGGCAUGGCAGGCCUUGGAAGUGUCACAGGCACCUGUGAUCUUCUCCCACUCAGCUGCCUGGGGUAUAUGCAAUGACACUCGGAAUGUUCCUGAUGACAUCCUGCAGCUUCUGGAGAAGAACGGCGGCAUUGGGAUGGUGUCCUUGUCUGUAGGGGUGCUGCAGUGCAACCUGUUAGCCAUUGUGUCCACUGUAGCAGAUCACUUCGACCACAUCAAGGCAGUUAUCGGGUCCAAAUUCAUCGGGAUUGGCGGAGAUUAUGAUGGCACCAGCCAAACCACCUGCUGAUGGCCACACACGUUCCCUGAGGGGCUGGAGGAUGUGUCUACAUACCCCAUGCUGAUAGAGGAGCUGCUGAGUUGGGGCUGGAGUGAGGAAGAGCUUCACGGUGUGCUUCAAGGAAACCUGCUGCGGGUCUUCAGGCGAGUGGAGCAGGUUCGGGAGAAAAACAAGUGGCAAAGCCCACUGGAAGAUACAGUUCCAGAAGAACAGCUGGACAGGGGUUGCCGCUCUAUCCUCCCACAUCAGCAUCAGAGACCACAACUGGUUCCAAAACAGACUCCAGCCAAGAGCCCAUCAGAUCUGGCACCUGCAUUAUCUCCUAGGUGGUCAACCUCAAAAUCUUCCCCUAGCCUAGUAGGCCUUACAGUGGUUACGAUCUUCCCAGUUCUUAUUCUGUGGCUCUGGUGACCCAGUUAGCCCUGCCAGAUGUCAUUUUGGCAGCCUUGAA